UCAAACUCCAACCUCGCCAUUUUCCUUCACCUCUAUCACAAUUCACAAACACAACCUCUCACUCUCUUCAUCAUAACAACCAAAACAAAACAAAACAAAACAAAACAAAAGAAGGAGGAAAUGGCAGCGGAGACAUACGAGGAAGCCAUUGCAGCGUUGACGAAGCUUAUCAGCGAGAAAGCGGACCUCGGUGGCGUCGCCGCCGCCAAGAUCAAGCAGUUGACGGCGGAGCUGGAGGCCGACCGGUCGAAGGCGUUUAACCCGGACGAGAGGAUCCGAACCGGGUUCGCCAACUUCAAGAGUGAGAAAUUUCAGAAGAAUCCAGAAUUAUAUGGUGAACUUGCCAAAGGCCAGAGUCCAAAGUUUAUGGUGUUUGCUUGCUCAGACUCGAGAGUUUGCCCAUCCCAUAUUCUGGAUUUCCAACCGGGUGAAGCCUUUGUGGUCCGAAAUAUCGCCAACAUGGUUCCACCAUAUGACAAGACGAUGUAUUCAGGAACAGGGGCGGCCAUUGAAUAUGCAGUCUUACAUUUAAAGGUGGAGAAUAUUGUGGUCAUUGGACACAGCUGCUGUGGAGGUAUAAAGGGCCUCAUGUCUAUCCCAGAUGACGGGACCACUGCAAGUGAAUUCAUAGAGAAUUGGGUCCAAAUUUGUACUCCAGCAAAGUCCAAGGUUAAAACAGAAGCAAGUGCAUUAGAAUUCUCGGAGCAGUGUACGAACUGCGAGAAGGAAGCUGUGAAUGUAUCACUUGGGAAUCUAUUGACUUAUCCAUUUGUGAGAGAUGGGGUUGUGAAGAAAACACUUGGUUUGAAAGGUGCACAUUACAAUUUCGUUAAGGGAACCUUUGAGCUGUGGGAUCUGGACUUCAAAAUCUCCUCCUCAGUAUCCGUUUAAGACCACUAAAUGGAAGAGUCCUUAACCCUACCGUGCAUGAUCUAUGUAAUGAUGUACAUGACUUUCCCUUUGCAUGCUGUGAUUUGUAAUUGUAAAAGAAAAAGAAUCCCCUCCCCAUGUUUUUCCUCAAAUUCCCAGAAAAAGAAACAUCACUCAGCUAGAAUAAUGGUCUUAGACCAACUCAAUAAGUUAUGUACUUAUGUUUAUCGUUUUCUGAUAAAUAGUGGUUUUUCUUUCGGCAGACAUUAAAAACUGAUACUUGAGAAGUGCAUUAAUUUAGUACAAGAUAUGUUUAGAUUU